AUGAAUCGCAACCCGUUCAGCCCCGUCCGGCGGCUGCAGCCUCUACUCAAUUUCCUCAAGCCGAAGACCGCCCCGCACCACGCCGUUCCGGCCACCCCGCCUCACGCUCGCGGCCACAAGCGCAGCCGCACCGAAGGCCUGCCUGCCCGCGCCUGCCGCACUCCGCCGCACCGCGUCGCCCUGCAGCACCUCGACACCUCGCGCGACGCGAUCGUGAUCACCGCGCUCGCCGCUUUCCCGUUCUGCUGCCACGAGGACCUGGUCACGAUGGCCCGCGCGCAACUCGUCGACGUCGCGCUCGCGCUCAACGCGAGCUUGCCUGGCCCCAUGCAAAUCGAUGUGAACCCGGCGCGGGGUGAAGGCGCCAUCCGGCGGGCGAUCGAGGUGGUCGUCGGGCUGAGGGAGAAGGAAGCUCUUCCAGAACGAGCUAGGGAACGCGGGGCGGGCAAGGGCGGCGUUCGUGGGCCGCCGAUAGCGGCGAGGAGCGUCAAGCAUGGGCACGGGCGAACGCAAUCGCUGGAUGUGGAGGCUCUGGCGCGUAUCGAAUCGCAAGGCUUGAAGAUAAGGCCGCCACGCACGCCGCAGAGCGCGGAGUCUCCGCCCGACAGGAAGCGCAAGCGGACGCGCGUAGGAGGAGCCCAGACGGGCUUGGCAAUAUACACCGCGGCGAGCGGACCGGGAGACAGCGCGCGGCUACACAUCCUUGCGGAAGCGGAGGAAGACGCGGACAUGGACGACGGCGGGGAAGGGACCGGUAUUUGGGAUCUUGGAGAGGUCAGGCCGGUGAAGAGGCAGCGGAGCGAGGGUGAGCGGCAGUGGGAGAGAGUGCGGGAGGGCGAGACGACGCCGACGCCAGCGCCGCGUCAGGCGCGACCUCGCAAAGACGCGCUCCGAAGCGGCGCCCACCGCCGCACGAUGUCGCAGCCCAUCUUCGUUGCGUCUGUUGCAGGCGACGCCAAGCUCUCGCUGGAGGCCCUGAAGACCGGGGCAGAUCGCACGUUCGUAGGAUCGGCGAUGGGUAGUCGGAUUCGGCCCAAAUCGCGUAUGGGACUGACGUCGACCCCGAAGAUGGGACACGCUCGGUCGUCGUCCGUCCACGUCAAGAAGAAGUCCGUGCCGGCGACGUAUGGGCUACACGCCCGCGAGCCUGCAACGUGGCGGGCCCAGCGGUCCCCUUGGAGGAUGGGCAGUUCCAGUCCUGGGCAACAGGCGGACGAGGCCGCCCCCUACCCAAGCGACGAUUCAGACAUCUUCGAGCGCGGCAGGGAGCUAGCGUUGUUGGCCGCAGAGGCGCAACGUCUGUUGGCUGGCCUGGAAGAAAUGAGAAUGUCAACUGCGAUGGAUCAGGGCGGAGCGCGUUCGCGUUCUGACUCGGACGCGAGCAUGUCGUAG